AUGCGCUUGCUCCCAGUCCUCGCCCUUACGGGCACAGCGCUCGCCCAAGGCGGCGUCUUUGACCAAUUUAACUCUUGGUUCAGCAACAUCAAGAAUCAAAUCUCUAAUACUCUACCCAACCCCGUGGAUGCGGGUGCUAGCGCUCUUGCGGCCGAGGUUGUGCAGCCUCUCGGCAUGCAGAACUGGAAGCAGCAUAUAUGGCCCAAGCCAGACGAGGCGCAAGAGUGGCUUGUGUAUGUUACAGGAGGAAACAAGACCUGCUUCGGACGGUGCGGCAAUCCCAAUGCAGUGUGGAACCUGUCGGUACCACUCCUCACAGCUCUCCCUCAACCACGGGAUAAGCCGACUCUCAAGCUCGGCACUAUCGACUGCGAAGCUAACGAGAUCCUCUGCACCGCCUGGUCAGCCGGCCCUCCGGCCAUCUGGCAUUUCCUGACCCCAGCUACCUCCUCCAACCCCGACGCCGCCUCCGACCUACGCAUCAUCCGCCUCAACUCCACAACCGUCACAACCGAAGACAUUGUCUCCAUUCCCUCCACCUCCACCUCCCGCUACCAAAAAUAUACGCCCUAUGAGGGCAUGCUGCACCCCAUCGACGGCACAUUCCAGAAGUUUGGGCUGACCAUUCCGUUCGGCUAUGCGCUGUGGGCGCUCGGUGCCGUUCCGAGCUGGCUGAUGAUGUUGGUCAUCAGUUUCGCCAGCAGGCAGAUCAUGAGCAAGCGCAUGGCCGAGAGCCCCGGUGUGCCGGCGGGCGGCGCGCCUGGUGGACAGCCUGCGGCGGCGCCGGCCGCGGCUGCAGGAAAAGGCAGCCCCGCGCAGGCUGGCAAGAAGGACAAGAAGAAGAGGUAA